GUCUCGUCGCACGGGGUUCCAUCCGAUAAGCACUCAUUGUUCGCAACCACACCCACGUGGAGAACGCCUUACGAAACAACCAAGAUGCACAGAAGUCUUUCCACACCGGCCUCGCUGUGCCUGGUCCUCCUGCUGCUGGCAUUGGGCCCGGUCUACGGGAAAAACAUCCUUUCCCAGCUGGGGGAGCUGAUGAGCGACAACAGCGGGAACAAGGCGAUCGUCGACGAUGCCGCCACGGGAACCGUCCAGGACCUGGAAUCGAAGCAGGCGGCCUCCUGCGACGGGCAGCUGGCGGUGGCACUGGUGCAGGCGAACGACCUGGCUGCCGUUGCCCGCAAGGAAAAGGACGAGGCCCAGGCAAAGCACGGUGAGGCCCUGGCCACGAUCGCCGGCCUGGAACGGGACCUGGCCCACACGAAGAGCUCCCUCGAGAAGGAUGUGGCCGAGCUGACGAAGAUCCGGGACGCAUCGGAGGAGGUCCUCCGGGAAGAAAAGGACCGGGCCGCCAACGAGCUGGAAGAAACAAAGGCCCGGGCCCGCGAGGAAUAUGAGGCCCUGAGGGGAGAAAUGAACGCCUCGCUCGCGGCGUUGCGAGAGGAAAAAGAUGCCGCCUUUGAGGCGAUGAGAAACGAAAAGGACGCUGCCUUUGAGGCGAUGAGAAACGAAUUUGACGCCGCCUUUGAGGCACUCCGAACCCAAAAGGAUGCCACCAUCGAAGAACUGACGGAGGAGUCCGCAAACGCUAUGGAAACGCUCCGAGAAACGGCGCACAACGAAUACCAGAGUCUCAAAACAGAAAAGGACAAUGAAAUUGCGGGCCUCGAAGCCAAGCUGCUCAUGUCCAGCGAAGAAUUGCAAGCAACGAUGCGUUUGGAACUGGAAAAGGCCAAACUCGACAAGGAAAACAAGGUAGCAGCCAUCACGGCCGACCGCGACGAAACCGUCGCGGAGCUGACCGGCAGAAUGGAACACGCUAUCAGGGAGGCCGCCCAGGUCCUGCAGAGCACCAAGGAGGAGGCCGAGAACACCAUUGCUCGCCUCGAAGAAGAGCGCGACGAGAACAUUGCGAAAAUGACGGCGGAAAUGCAGGACGCCGAACAGCAUUUUACGCGGGUCCUCGAAGAGACCAGGGACGAAGCCCAGGCGUUGCUGGCGAAAAAGAUGGGGGAAAAGACGGCCGAGCUUGAGCAAACAAAACGCGAGAACGACGAACGACUCUCCGAGAAGAACCAAAAGAUCUUGAAGCUCAAAGAAUACACGGAACAAAUGCUCGACAAGAAGGCGGCCAUCGAACGAUCCAUGGAAGAAGCCACGGCGGUACGUACUGCAUCGCAUUGCACCGAGCUGCGUGCUUCAUGCGUAGGGCACGCAUGGUAGCACCGAGUCCCGAACCGGUGUCGGAGAGCACCCGAUUUCUUCUGGGUGCAGCUCCGGUCCUGACCUAGUAGUUGUUUCCUCACCCUCUCAACUCGCUCCCCUCUUCUAUUCUUUUUCGCCCGUGGCAUGGACAUCGUGGAYAGGAAAUCACGCAUUGGAGGGCACUCCACGCCGAACGCUCGUACUGCAACAUGACGCACGUUUCCACCGAUCUCUACGAUGGCGGAUUGGCUGUCUACGCUAUGGCCGUCGAACAAGCCGGGGUCGUGGGCGACAUUGCCAUGGUGCACGUUUCCAAGGGACUGGAAAAAUCAAAGGAUUUCGUUCACGGACAGGUCGAGGAAUACUGGCAGGCCAUUGAGCCUCACUACCAAGAGCACGUUGCAAGCCAGUACCAGACCCAUCUGGAGCCCCAUUUGCAUAAGCACGUCUUUCCAAAGCUUCACCAAGCCUCUGUUUGGUUCCAAACAACCGUCAUGCCAUUGGUAAUGGAAGGGAUUGGAAUCGUUAAAGAAAUCUACCACACGAAGGUUGUUCCGAUCGUUGAAGCAAAAUACCAAGGACUCGUCGACUCGUACGGAUAUUAUUGCAAGUCCUACCUCCGAGAUUUCGAAAAGGUCAGCCAAGAAUCCCAGGUUCUGAAAGACAACCCACCUCCGGCGUACUUGCUAGAAUCCUGGCAGAUAUCCUGCGCCAAUCCCCGAGAAAGCCUGGGCGCCCUGAUUAACGGCACUCUGACCCUCUUUGCCCUGGUGUUCUACCGCCGCCUCCUUGGAGUCGUGUGCUGGAUGCGGGCCUUCUCGCUCUCCCUGGUCCUCUUGCCGCUUCGAUGGACCCCGCUGGGAUGGUUUCUCCCGCGCCGUUCUGCCGCCGCGGGCGAGCUGGCCUGCGAUGCAGGAGAUCCCGUCGAACUGGCACCGGCCGCGGAAGAAGUCGAGGUUGGCAGCCCGAGCGCGGGUUCCGAGGUCGAGUCGGAAGGCAACGGUGGCGAGGUCGUAGCAGAAGAAGACAGCGAAGACAAUGACGAGGACGAGGACAAGAACACUAGCGGUAAGAUGGAUUGCGGCGACGAGACGAACGGUCCCGUUGCUGCGACGCUCUACUAGUUUUGCAAAGGGGACAAAAACCAUUAUUGUUUUUGCUUGUCGCAUCGAACGAAACACCAUCGAUAGUGGUGAUAACGGAAAAAUUAUCAUUGUUAACAAAAAGAUUUCAUUGAU